AUGACACCUCCUCCUAAGCCUCCCCGUGUUGAAGUCAACAACCUCUCAUACACUUUUCCCGACUACUCGACUGGUGUCAACAGCAUCACUUUGGAUCUUCCUCCGCGGUCUCGUACCCUUCUGAUUGGUGCUAAUGGAGCCGGUAAAACAACUCUGCUUCGUCUUCUUGCCGGCAAACGUCUUGCGCCCAGUGACACCAUCUCUAUCUGCGGUGUAGAUCCCUUCAAAGAGGGUCUUGAGGGUGUCACUUAUCUUGGACUGGAAUGGGUCCUUAACCCCAUUGUCCGAACUGACAUCGGCGUCAAUGAGUUGCUUCGCUCUGUUGGUGGAGAUGCAUACCCUGAUCGACGAGACGAGCUGGUCGCCAUGCUUGACGUCGACACUAAUUGGCGUAUGCAUGCUGUUUCAGAUGGUGAGCGUCGUCGAGUCCAGCUUGCCAUGGGUCUACUGAGACCCUGGACGGUUCUGCUCCUCGAUGAAAUCACUGUCGAUCUCGACGUUCUGAGUCGUGCUGAGUUUCUGGCUUGGCUCAAGCGUGAGACGGAAAUUCGGGAAUGUACCAUCGUCUACGCCACUCAUAUUCUGGACAACCUCGCUGGUUGGCCGACUCAUCUUGCUCAUAUGCACCUUGGUACUGUCAAGGAGUGGGACGAGGCUGACAAGAUGCUCGCUACCAUCGAUGGUACUGUGGGUGCCUCCGGCAAUAGCCGUCUCGGAGAGCUUGUCCUGAGCUGGCUUCGAGAGGACUUGAAGGAGCGGGGGCCACGGAGCAAUAUGAAACGUGGCCCUGAAGGCAAGACCUAUGGGUUUGGAGGCAUCCAGAUCGGUGGUUAUGGCGACGAGUCUAAGCAUCGCGAAGCAUGA